GUCCUCAAAACGUCAGUUUAUCACGAACUGUUGGACGAUUUCUUUCACAGUCGGUCGCUUCUCGUUGUUCGUCGAUUUUCCGUUCACAAGUCGCUAUCGAUUUGUAUUCUUGCUUCCGCGCAUCCAUCAGGCAAACGCAACAAAGCCCGCCAAAAUGGUUUGGAUCACCGCUGACGAUCAGAUGGCUGGCAAGCCGAACACUCAGGCGUUAUAUGCUCAAAGUCAGCUGGACCACAUGUGCGCCCUGGAUAUUGACAGUCGAGUAUCCUUCGUUCGUUUAUCCGGUAUCAUUUGCACGAUUGGUCCUGCAUCCAGAUCUGUGGAGAUUUUGGAGAAAAUGAUCGAGACAGGGAUGAAUAUCGCUCGAUUGAACUUCUCUCAUGGGUCUCACGAGUAUCACGCGGAGACCAUCGCCAAUGUUCGUGAGGCGCAGAAGAAUUUAACCGCCCGUGCCGGUAUCAAUAUUCCCGUCGCUAUCGCUCUUGACACGAAGGGUCCUGAAAUCCGUACCGGUCUCUUAGAAGGUGGUGACUCGGCAGAGGUUGAAUUAAUCAAAGGCCAGAUUUUUAAAUUGUCUACUGACAAGACGUAUAUGGAGAAAGGAAAUGCUCACAUUGUUUAUGUCGAUUAUGAAAAUAUUUCGAAGGUGUUAAAGCCAGGGAAUCGCGUGUUUGUGGAUGAUGGCUUGAUUUCUCUUAUUGUUUCCGCUGUCGGUUCUAAUUUAAUUUCAACUACCGUUGAAAACGGUGGUAUGUUGGGAUCCCGCAAAGGUGUGAAUUUGCCAGGAGUUCCAGUGGAUCUUCCAGCGGUAUCGGAGAAAGAUAAAUCCGAUCUUCAGUUUGGUGUUGAUCAAGAAGUUGAUAUGAUAUUCGCCUCUUUUAUUAGAAAUGCUGCUGCAUUAAGCGAAAUUCGUGAUAUUCUCGGUGAGAAGGGUAAAAAUAUAAAAAUCAUAUCAAAGAUCGAGAACCAACAGGGUAUGACGAAUCUCGACGAGAUCAUCGAUGCAUCCGAUGGUAUCAUGGUAGCGCGUGGUGACUUGGGAAUAGAAAUACCACCACAGAAAGUAUUCCUGGCGCAAAAGUCUAUGAUCAGUAGGUGCAAUAAAGUUGGCAAGCCAGUAAUUUGCGCUACGCAAAUGCUGGAGUCCAUGGUGAAAAAACCACGUGCUACGAGAGCUGAAACUUCAGAUGUUGCUAAUGCUAUUCUUGAUGGCGCUGAUUGUGUUAUGUUAUCAGGUGAAACAGCGAAAGGGGAUUAUCCUUUAGAAUGUGUUCGUACAAUGGCUAACAUCUGUAAGGAAGCAGAAGCUGCGAUUUGGCAGACUCAAAUCUUCCACGACCUAUCGAGUAAAGUUCUACCGCCUAUUGAUGCUACGCAUGCUGUUGCCAUUGCCUCUGUGGAAGCGUCUGUUAAAUGUUUGGCUAGUGCUAUUAUUGUUAUUACGACAUCUGGUCGAUCCGCACAUCUAAUCGCGAAAUAUAGACCUCGUUGUCCCAUCAUCGCGGUUACUAGAUUCCAUCAAGUUGCUCGACAAGCACAUUUGUACCGUGGAAUAUUACCAUUGUAUUAUGAAGGUAUGAUAAAUAAUUAUAUUUAUAAAUAA